UUUGUGCAUGAAACGCAGCUUCUCCAUACGAUGACGGUGAACUUGUUAGCAUUGUUUGGCCUGGAAAGUGCUGGCAUUGGGCUUUCUACCGCCUUUAUGCUACUUAUUUCCAGUAUAUUGAUCAUAACAGUCAUUCACAUGUACUUUAAAUCACAAGAAUCAUACAAAUUGGCAAUACAAAUUCCUGGACCGACUCCAUUGCCCAUAAUAGGUAAUGUUCUCUUGGGAAUAGGAAGAACACCGAAUGAAAUGAUGGAAGAGCUUAUGAAACUCAACGGACUCCACGGUGAUGUGGCGAGGGGAUUUCUGGGAUACAAAGUCAUAAUUUUUCUAACGGAUCCGCGUGAUGUUGAACUCAUUCUCAAUAGUAAUGUCCAUUUGACGAAAUCUAGCGAAUAUCGUUUCUUCAAGCCGUGGCUUGGCGACGGAAUAUUGCUUAGUAGUGGCGAUAAAUGGCGUUCGCAUCGUAAAUUAAUUGCACCGGCAUUUCAUCAACUUGUGUUAAAAAGUUUUGUUGGCGCAUUCAAUCGAAAUAGUUGGCAAUUAGUGAAUCGACUCCAAAAUGAGGUCGGCCGCGAGUUCGACGUGCACGAUUAUCUGAGUGAAGUGACUGUUGAUAUUUUAUUGGAAACGGCUAUGGGGCAUCCAAAAACGCAUGACGAUCACGGUGGAUAUGAAUAUGCAAUGGCAGUUAUGAAAUUGUGCGACAUAAUUUUUAAACGAAACCAAAUAUUUUAUCUACGGCCUGAUAUCAUAUUCAAUCGUCUGGGUAUUAAGAAGCAGCAAGACUCAUUGGUCAAUACAAUUCAUACUUUGACCACAAAAGUGCUGCGAAAAAAGAGCGACCAAUUGAAAAAGUCAUUUGACAGCGGAGGAAUCAAAAAGACCGUUUACAGUGAACUGUUGAACAGCAAAGAUGAUGAUAUAGUUCAGGAUGACACUGAAGAUCCGACGGUUGGUGAGAAGAAUCGAUUAGCAUUUUUGGAUUUGAUGCUCGAAUCAACGUAUAGUGGUGCAAGUAUAACGGAAACCGAGAUCAAGGAGGAAGUCGACACGAUAAUGUUCGAAGGGCAUGAUACGACAGCGGCUGGAUCUAGUUUCGUGUUGUGUUUGUUGGCCUGUCAUCAAGAGAUACAAGAUCGUGUAUUUGCCGAGCAAAAGCAAAUAUUCGGCGAUUCCAAUCGACCGGCCACAUUUGCAGAUACUCUACAAAUGAACUACUUGGAGCGCGUAAUCUUUGAGACAUUGCGUAUGUAUCCGCCAGUGCCCGCUAUAGGUCGUGAGGUAAAAGAAAAUGUGAGACUUGCAUCCAGACCGUACACAAUUCCAGCUGGUUCGACUGUUGCCAUUGUAACGUACAAGAUUCAUCGACACAAAGAUAUUUACGACAAUCCAGAUGUUUUCGAUCCGGACAAUUUCCUUCCAGAACGUACGCAAAACCGUCACUACUACGGCUUCAUUCCUUUCAGUGCAGGACCACGCAGCUGUGUCGGCCGUAAAUAUGCCAUUCUCAAGUUGAAAAUUCUGCUGUCGACGAUUUUGCGCAGCUACAAAAUCUAUUCGAGUUGCACCGAGGCUGAUUUCAAACUUCAAGCUGACAUCAUUCUUAAGCGAACCGAUGGUUUUCGCAUCCGCGUUGAACCGAGAUAAGACCAACCGAUUAUGUUUCAGCAAAACCGUAGAGGCGACACAAGAACUAAAUAAAUUGUUGUCAUUUGA